UGCAAUCAAUAGUUGGCUGUUCUUGGCGGAAAUUUCGCGCACUGCGCAAGUCGACCAAUGACGACACUCGAUUUAUACUCUGUUUCAGAUCGGUCACUCAAAAAUUGAACAUUCCAAAGGCCGGUCUCCUCCUUCUCGGUGUUCUUUGUUGUUAAUCGCCGCACCCAAUCAACAUUAAAAUGCUGUCCGCCGCUAGAUUGAUUGCCCCUGCAGCCAGGUCUGCUAUCUUCAGCAAUGCCGCCAUCGUCAGGCCACUGGCAGCAGUGCCCUCACAGACACAGAUCGUGCCUGCGGCCCCAGCACAGUUCUCAGCUGUCCGAUCGUUCCAGACCACCUCAGUCACUAAGGAUAUCGACUCAGCUGCUAAAUUCAUCGGCGCUGGUGCGGCGACAGUAGGAGUAGCUGGAUCUGGUGCUGGUAUCGGAACAGUUUUCGGCUCCCUCAUCAUCGGCUACGCCAGGAACCCAUCUCUCAAACAGCAACUUUUCUCAUACGCCAUCUUAGGUUUCGCCCUGUCUGAGGCUAUGGGUCUGUUCUGUCUUAUGAUGGCCUUCCUGCUGUUGUUCGCUUUCUAAGCUAUUUAUUGUUAAGAACACUACUACUGCCAUCCUACGAGGUUUCAGUGUAUAAUAUCUGGAGUGAAAGGCCAUGGAAUCAAUGUGUGAAACCUCACCCUCAUAGUGGUGCAAAGGACAUGUGUUUUAAGUGUUACGGUAUGCCGUCACAUCAUUGGGCAUGCAAUUUAUUUAAUUAUGUAGUAUAUAUCUGCAAAUAAAACAUUGUAUGAAAACUUUGAUUAUUCCUACACCUAUGUUUGUAGACUGUUGACCGAAAAUCAUGUUAUGAAUAGUCUCGCAGUGUAACUGUUGAAAGUCUUUGAUGAUAUUUGAAGCCAGUCAAAACGCAAUGCGUGUGUUGUCAUCGACUUAAUACUUAUGCUGUUUGGGAAUGUCAGUAUCUGUAUUGUACAUUUUAGGGCAAUUAAAUGAUACAAAUCA